CAAAUUUAUUUCUCGAUCAGAAUCUUUUAGCAUUCGUUAUUUUUUCGCGGGGUUUGCCUCCCACAGGUGACAGCUUGUAGCCCAUUUCCGAAUGCAAGGUUGCAAUGAAGGACGAAAAGGAAGAACCCGACAUUGUUCAACCGUCUCAUAUUCUUCGUCAGCUUAUCUCUUCCCUCGUUACCCAGGCUACUGUAUCAUGAAAGGCGAAGAGAAGGAGUCUGGUGCUGCCCCCUCAUAAUUAUAUUUUCAUUUCCUGCUUGACUUUUAACUCUCGCCUAUGAUGGCCGUGCUCAAGAUCAUUCUUUCUAUCGCAAUCGCACUCAUAUCGUGGCCAAUCCUCAAUCUCCUCAAACAUUACAUCAAAGCACGGAGCGUUGGCCUUCCUAUCAUCAUAAAUCCCAUUGAUCUCCUCAACCCAAUCUGGAUCCUCACUCACAAACCACUCUUACCCUUGUUCUACGGGUUUGUGAGCGUGUUCCCGAAUCGCCACAAGUUGCAUAACAAACAUGGACCCGCCUAUCUCUUGGUGACUCCAAAAGAGAUCGCCCUUUUCAUUGACGAUCCGGACUUGACAGAGGAGAUCCUUGGAAAACGAAAAGACCUCAUCAAGCCGGAUGAAGCUGGCGAGGCAUUGAAUUUGUUUGGGACCAAUGCCGUGACUCUCAAUGGCGAGGACCGGGCGCGUCACUGCCGGAUCACGACGCCGCCGUUCAAUGAGCGCAAUAGCAAAAAUAUCUGGAAGGAGUCCUUAGCCCAGGAUACUGGGAUGCUGCAGUCUUGGACAUCCCAGGGAAAGGAUAGAGUCUCCAAGACCGCCGGUGACUCUAUGACCCUCGCUCUCCACGUUCUUAUAGCUGGAGGCCUCGGGAAAUCGUAUCCCUUCGCAGGAGGCGUCGGAACUAUAGCCGAAGGACACACAAUGUCCUACCGAGACGCCUUGAAGCUGACCUUUCUCAAUUUGCUGCCAGCCGUUAUCCUGGGCUCAUUACCUCCAAUCCCAUCGUUUAUCCCCACCCAGAAAAUCCGUGAGAUCAAGGAGGCAGUCGGCGAGUUCAAAUAUCACAUGAAUGAGAUGGUAGAAGAAGAGCGAACCAGAGUCGAUAAACUUGGCUCGGAGAAGGACAACCACCUGGCCACACUGGGACGAAGCAGCCUUUCUCAUAGUGAGUUCAUGGGAAAUCUUUUCAUUUACAACGUGGCUGGCCACGACACCACUGCAAAUCCCAUCUGCUAUGCUAUCUAUAUGUUGGCAGCGCAACCUGACGUGCAAAAUUGGCUGGGCGAAGAGAUUGAUUCGGAAAGGAACACUCUUCCUCCCAAAACUUUCAUAAUCGUUACUACCGACUCAUUGCAUACCACUCCCACCAUCUGGGGCUCCGAUCCCUUAAUACGAAGUGAUGAAGUUGGGUAUCUUCCCUGGAGUACCGCACCUCGCUCCUGCACAGGAAAGAGAUUUGCGCCAGUCGAAUUCGUGGCUGUGAUUGCUCACCUCUUCCGAAGACAUCGUGUCAAGGCGGUUAUGGAACCAGGGGAGAAGGAGGCGGUGGAGAAAAGGAUAUUUGAGGUCCUCGAGGACUCGUCUUUGGAAGUUACGAUCAAGAUGAACCAUCCUGAAAAUGAAGCUGGUUCUAAUUCCAGAGAUGCUGGUCAUCAUGUGUUCCUUGGCGGAGCGUUCAGCAACAGAACGCCACAAUUCGAAUUUAGGCAGCUUUUCUCGAAUAGGAUGCCAACAUCCAAAAGCACAUCAGUAAAUUUGGAAUAUGAGUCAGCAGCACACGACCAAGCAGCUUCUGCGGCAGCUGAGUAA